AUGCAGCGGUUAGUGUGUGCUAGAGUCCCGCUGCAGAUCAGUGGUGCGUCCUUCAGGCGUCCCGCACAGAUGCUGGCUCCCGCGGCCCACAGUUGCUGGACACGCCUGCGCUCCGGCCCGCGUUGGCUCUGUGCUCCGGCCUCUCAGAGGAACAGCAGCAGAGAUCAUCCAGGGCCGGAGGAUCCAGACCCUCUGCAGGACAGAUCCAUCAGCCUCAUUCAGAGAUUCAAAAAAACCUUCAAGCAGUACGGCAAAGUCAUGAUCCCCGUGCACCUGCUGACCUCUACAGUGUGGUUCGGCACUUUUUACUACGCUGCAAUGAAAGGAGUCAAUCUGGUGCUGUUUCUUGAGUAUGUUGGGUUUCCUGACAAGGUGGUAAAACUCCUGGAGAAUUUCCAGAGCGGCUACGCACUGACCGCUUACACCAUGUUCAAGAUCGCAACACCUGCGCGCUACACGGUGACUCUCGGAGGAACGUCUCUAUCCGUGAAGUACCUGAGGAAGCACGGGUACAUGUCUACCCCUCCACCUGUGAAGGAAUACCUGCAGGAGAAGAUGGAGGAGACCAAAGAGAGGAUCUUUGGGAAGAUGGAGGAGACCAAGGAUCGUAUAUCCGAGAGGAUAGAGGAAACUUCUAUGAAGUUCACAGAAAAACUUCAAGAAACCAAAGACAAAGUGUCUUUCCGAAAAUAGAAAUAAUAGGUUUAUAUGCUUACAAAAGGUCACAAAGUGACUAUCCUUCUCCAUAAUGUCAUGAAGAUUCAUGUUAUUUAACGAUAUAACAUACUUAAGGAAAGCAAUGUGUCUUGAGCACAUACAGUAUAAAGUAGUAUGUAGGCUGUAAGCACACUUACUGUUCACGCUAAACUAGAAGAUUAUGACCAUAUACAUUUUGGAUUCUACUUGAAGUGUUUUUAACAGAUGAAAGUAUGUUUUCUAAAGAGAACAACAGGUGUAAUGUGUACAUGUGUAUGUAAUACUUUGUUCAUAUAACAACAUAGCACUGCCUCUUUCAAUUAUUGCACUCAUAAAAUGUUAUUU